GAAGGCGGGCGGCCGCGGCAGCGGAGAGAGCGGACUGCGACGGCCACGGCGGGCUGCAGCGGCGGGUAGGGGCGGCGCCGCAGCGAGGCCCGGCCCGGGCACUGGAACCACCGCGCGCAGGAGCCACGCCAGCGCGGCCCGGAGCCGCCGAGCCUGCCUCCGGAGCGGCGCGGAGCGUUGCGGGGCGGGGCGGGCCCUCCGGACGGACGUAGCGCCCGGGAGCGCCCCCUCCUUGGAGCUGCGCAGCUCUGCGCGAGGGAGGAAGGCGGGACAGCGGGACGGACGGACGGAGGAGGGAGGGAGGGACUGGCCGAGGGAGGGACGGACACAGCAGACGGGCGGCAGCCCUCGGCAUCGAGGUGCAGCGGCGGCGGCAGCGGCGGCCACGACCCCGAGCCAACCAGUCGGGCCGUUGGCCUGAGCCCCGGGCGCCAUGGCGUCCGUGCAAGCUUCUCGUCGCCAGUGGUGCUACCUGUGCGACCUGCCCAAGAUGCCCUGGGCCAUGGUGUGGGACUUCAGCGAGGCCGUGUGCAGGGGAUGCGUGAACUUCGAGGGCGCCGACCGCAUUGAGCUGCUCAUCGAAGCGGCCCGGCAGCUCAAGCGGAGCCACUCGCUGCCUGAGGGCCGCUCCCCAGGGCCCCCUGCCCUCAAGCCCCCCUCCACCACCGGCAAGGAGACUGUAGGUGCCCAAUCCCAAGACCGCUACGACCGGGCAUCGUCGUCGUCCUCCUCCUCGUCAUCGUCGUCCAUCGCCACUGCUGCAGCCUCCUCCGGGCAGACCUCCCGCAUGCCCCUGGCACCGGCCACCCUGGACUUUGGGUUAGGGGCCCGUCUGGCCAACGGAGAAACAGAUGGGGCCCGGAGGGCUCUGCUGGGGGCCAUGCCUGGCCUGGUCUCUCCUGGGCUGCUAGCAGCUGCCGUGUCUGGGCUGGGCAGCCGGGGGAUGGCACUGGGGGCCCGCCCAGGCUUCGGGCCCGAUUUCGAGAAGGAGAAGGCAGUGGCCGGGGUUGGUGCUGGGGGGGUUGUGGGCAGCCAGCCUCCGAGGGCAGCAGACUGCCUGGCAGAGCUGAAUGAGGCCAUGCGUGGCCGAGCGGAGGAGUGGCAUGGGCGACCCAAGGCAGUUCGGGACCAGCUGCUGGCGCUUUCGGCCUGUGCCCCUUUCAAUGUCAGAUUCAAGAAGGACCAUGGGUUGGUGGGGCGAGUGUUUGCCUUUGAUGCAACUGCCCGCCCCCCAGGCUAUGAGUUUGAGCUAAAGCUCUUUACAGAAUACCCCUGUGGCUCUGGGAACGUCUAUGCUGGCGUCCUAGCCGUGGCCAGACAGAUGUUCCAUGAUGCCCUGCGGGAGCCGGGCAAAGCCCUGGCCUCUUCGGGCUUUAAGUACCUGGAGUAUGAAAAGCGGCAUGGUUCUGGUGAGUGGCGGCAGUUGGCCGAGCUGCUCACCGACGGUGUCCGCACUUUCCGGGAGCCUGCUCCUGCCGAGGCCCUGCCCCUGCAGUCCCCCGAUGGCGCCUCUGCCCGCCCUGCACGGACCCCCGGCCCGGUCCCCCGGAGGCGCAAAGCCUCACCUGAGCCAGAGGGAGAGGCAGCUGGGAAGCUGACCAGUGAGGAGCAGCAGCAGCAGCAGCAACAGCAGCAGCAGCAGCAGCAGCGCCACUGGGGAGCAGCCCCCUAUGCGGGUGAGCCAACAGUAGCAGCAGCUGGGGCUCCCUCGCCCAUUGCAGCCCUGAAAACAGUGGCUGAGGGGCUAGGUCAGUCUCCCAAGGAGGGAGGUGGGGGGGGCCCCGGGAGGGCUGGAGGAGCCAGUCCAGCGGGUUCAUCCCCCGCAGCUCCUCAGAGGCUGGUGGCCCGCAAUGGAGAGGCUGAGGGGGAGGCCGGGAGCGGUGGGGUGGCAGGGGCAGGCGGAGGGACCAGUGGGGCUGGGGCUCCCCUGUGCUGCACUCUGUGCCGGGAGAGGCUGGAGGACACCCACUUUGUCCAGUGCCCGUCAGUGCCAGGCCACAAAUUCUGCUUCCCCUGUUCGAGGGAGUUUAUCAAGACCAUGGGCCCUGCUGGUGAGGUCUACUGCCCCAGUGGGGACAAGUGUCCACUAGUGGGGUCCAGCGUGCCCUGGGCCUUCAUGCAGGGGGAGAUUGCCACCAUCCUGGCAGGAGACAUCAAGGUGAAGAAGGAGAGGGAUCCCUAGGCUUGGCUCUCCCUCCUUCCCACAUCCCUUCCUAGGCCCUGGGUUCCUGAGCCUGUAGCCUGCAGCUAAAUUAUUCCCUCUGAGCGGCCCCUGCCCCCACACCUUGCCCUUACCCACAGCUUUCCUAGAGCUGAUUCUGAGGGAGACAGCCUUGAGGACACCCCCAGAGCUCUUAGUCAAGCCCUGCCAAGCUCCUGGUCCCCGGCCCCCAGGCUGAGCUUCCCCAGCACAGGCGCCCCAGCUUUGGGGGGCAGAUGGGGCCAGAAUACCCCCAAAGCCCAGGGGGGAAACCCUGCUAUCUGGCUUGUGAGGACAAAACUCGGGAACUGCUGCCCCCUGAUUUCCGAUGAUGGGAGAUGGAGCCAAGGACAUCACAGAGCCCGCAACACCUAGGCCCGCUCUCCUGCUCUCUUCUUCGUGCUGAACUUCUUUGCAGUGGGCGACUGCUGUUUGAGGGGACGAGAAGGGCUCAAGUACUGUCCCCAAGCUCAGAGCUGAGGGCCCUGGCCCCUGGAUUUCAUGGGACCCCAAAGCUCAGAGCUGAACUCAGAUGUCUGGGACCCUCACUUUAGACAAAAAAAAAAAACCUAACAAAUCUGGAACCAUUGCCUCCAAUUCCAAGGGGAGAGAUGGAUUUAAAGAAGUCCCCAAACCCCAGGGCCAGGACCAUGGACAUACUGGGGGUCCUUGCCCUUCUUUAGCGCUUCCUGGGAACAGUCACCUCUGCUUCGAGGGGGAGACUGCUUCGAGCACACUUCCAAAGCCUAGUGUCAGGGACCCUGGACUCUUGGGUCCCAACUUCAAACAGAGCUUCCCUAGAGCAGUUGAUCUCCAAGUGUGACAGGUCCAGGGGUGAAUCCCAAGGCCUGUUGGGCACCUUGCUCUUGGAGGCUUUCUGGAACACCCAACCCCCCCCCAACUCCCUCCCACCUCCGUUGGGAGUGUGUGUGUAUGUGAUGGUUUUAAGGACAGCAUUGAAGGCCUCACUCACUGGCUCCUGGUCUUUCUUAAGAGCUUCCCUGAGGGGCAGGGUCUUACCUCCCCAUAGGCACCUGGGUGCCCACGCUUCCUCAAGUCUUUCCCCAAAUCUGGGGGGUUGGGGUUGAUACCAGAGCACUGGUCUUAGCUGGUGGGUCCCCACCCCCCACCCCUGCCCAAGCCCAGUCCCCCAUCCUAGGAACAGUCAGCUCACCAUCUAUGGGGAAAGGUAUGGAUGGAGCCAUAGACUUCCUUUGCUGGGGCCCUCAAUACUUGGGGGAGGGGGGAGGGGGAAGAGGGGUAGUUUUGAGGCCUGUGACUCCCCCCACCCCCAUAGGGGGGUGUAGUAGUCCCCUCCCCCACUUUAGUGCUUGGCUUUUCUGCUGCUUGUAAUGGGGGGGAGGGGGAAAGGGCCCCAAUCUGCCCUUUCAGAAAGAACACAUCUGGAUUAAGAUACUCCUUUGGGGGGGGCAGGGGAUCCUCCUUCAAUAAAGCGAAGUUUUGGGUGUUUUU